AUGGGCUCUGCUUACCCUCACUCCUGUGAGGCUGGUUCUUACUGCAACCAGACUGGCCUAGAGGCUCCAGCAGGACCCUGUGCAGCUGGAUAUUACUGCCCUAGAGGCUCUUCUGAACCCCACGCCAACCCUUGUCCCACAGGACACUAUUGCCCCCUUGGAACCCAGCUUCCUCUGCCCUGCCCUCUGGGAACUGUAAAAAGUUCCCUUGGUGGAUCCACUGUUGAGGCUUGCCAGCUGUGUCCUCCAGGUCAAUACUGUCACCAGCAAGGAAUGGCUGAGCCAAGUGGCCCCUGUGCAGAAGGCUACUACUGUCCUGAGGGACAGAUCUCUGAAAGACCACAGCAACAUGCCUGCUCAGUUGGUCAUUACUGUGAGAAGGGUAGCGCCAGACAGACAGCCUGCCUUCCUGGCACCUACCAGUUCAGACGAGGUCAAGCCGGCUGCGAGACGUGUCCUGCUGGUUUCUGUUGUAAAGAGCAAGGAACGACUCUUCCACUUCCAUGUGAGAGAGGGUUUUAUUGCCCCAGUGGAUCAGCAUAUCAGCAUCCCUGUCCAUCCGGGACCUAUGGAAACAUAUCAGGACUGGUUGAGGAAUGGCAGUGUUUACAGUGUGACCCCGGGAUGUACUGCAGAGGAACAGGGAGGACUACCCCCACUGGGCAAUGUGCUGCAGGGUUUGUUUGUGCCGAGGGAGCCAGUGAACCUUCACCGUUAGACAAUGUGACAGGAUUCCCUUGCCCGCCUGGGUUCUUUUGCCCUGCAGGCACAUCUGUACCACAACCAUGCCCAAAAGGAACAUUCAGUGAGCAGAUCGGCAUUGUUGAUCAUUCUUUGUGUCGAGGCUGCACACCUGGCUUUUACUGUUCACAGCCUGGCCUUUCGGAAGUGUCUGGACCCUGCUCGCCAGGUUUUUACUGCUUAGAGGGAUCCCAGUCUGCUACUCCAAUGUCAAGUGUAUCGGGAGGUGUUUGUCCGGCAGGCCACUACUGUGCAGAGGGCAGCAGUGCCCCCUCACCUUGCCCGCCUGGUUUUUACCAAAAUAAGACUGGAGGAAAAAGCAAACAUGACUGCAAACCAUGCCCUCUUGGCUGGUUCCAGGAUUUGCCAGGGCAGAACGAGUGUAAUCCCUGUCCCCCUGGGUUCCACUGCCAGCCUCUGAAUCCCAGCCCCACCAGAGGGAGCUCUGCCGGAGUCUCCAGCCCUCUGCCCUGCCCAGCUGGUUAUUUCUGUCCAAAGGAGGAGAGUCCACACAAUCAGCCACUCCCGUGCCCCAAAGGCAGCUACAGCCCCUUGCAGGGUCUCACUAGUGCAGGUGAUUGCUGGGUGGGCUUUUAUUGUGACUGGGGCUCCAGCAAAGCAGAUCAGGCUGUGUGUCCAGCUGGUUUCUUCUGCCCCAGUGGAACACCAGCACCGGUGCCUUGUCCUGCAGGAACAUUUAGCUCUCAAACGGGCAACACGCAUCAAUACAACUGCACCAUCUGUACCCCUGGAUACUACUGUCAAGGUGAAGCUACUGUCCAGCCUGUGCUGUGUCCUAUUGGUCACUACUGCCCUGCAGGUCUGACUCUAGGACUGGAGUUCCCUUGCCCACCUGGGACUGUGCAGAACCACCUCGGAGCGUCCAGUCCUGAAACCUGUCUCUCCUGCCCUGCUGGAAUGUUUUGCUCUCAGUCUGGGCAAUCCCAGCCGACAGGUCUCUGUGAAGCAGGAUACUACUGUCCUGCUGGAUCAACCAGUCCAAACUCUACUGAGUAUCAGGGAAAUUCGUCUGGAAGUCAUCUUUGUCCACCUGGCCUGUACUGCCCUGCAGGCACUGGCUAUCCACUCCCCUGCCCUGUUGGUUCUUUCUCCAUCGCUCAAGGACUAAAGGGAGUUGAUGAAUGCACACCCUGCCCCCCUGGACUGUUUUGUGACAGUCCUGCAAUAGCAGAGCUUUCACAAGCGCUCCCGUGUCAGGCUGGGUAUGUGUGCUUGGGCGGCAACUCCAGUCCCACUCCAUCCAAUGGUCCCCAUGGCUACCUCUGUCCUGCUGGCCACAGCUGUCCUAUUGGCUCAGCACAUGAGGAGCCCUGUGAGCCUGGCACUUACAGUCCUGCCCCGGGAGCAGCCCGUUGCUUAUUAUGCCCCAAAGGAACCACGUGUCCAUCGUCAGCCACUAAAGAGCCCUCCGCCUGCCCCUCUGGUCAUUUCUGUCCUGCUGGGACAGCCCUGCCUCAGCCCUGCCCUUCAGGUACUUUCAACAAUCAGACAGGUGCCCACACGCUCUCUGCCUGCACACCCUGCCCCUCUGGACUGUACUGUGGCGCAUAUGGAGCCUCCAUACCACAAGGUUUAUGUUUGCAGGGUUAUUUCUGCCAUGGUGGAGCUAUGGAACCAGCCCCUCACAGCUCUGAAAACUUCCCCAGGAAUGGCCCUUGCCCUGUGGGCCACUACUGUCCAGCAGGGUGCCUCUCUCCAAUUCCAUGCCCUCUUGGCAGCAUUCGCAACUCCACGGGAGGUGUGUCCAUGGAGAGUUGUUCUUCCUGUCCUGCUGGCCACUACUGCUCUACAGACGGUCUGGCUAGCCCCAGUGGUCCUUGUGCUGCUGGUUUCUACUGCCCUUUUGACUUCUCUUCAACUACCCCAUAUGCAUUCCUCUGUCCCAAGGGCCACCACUGUCUGCAAGGUUCUUCCAUGGCCUUGCCUUGUGCCACAGGAGAGUACCAGCCUAACCAGGGAUCAGACAGCUGCAUUCCCUGCAGACCUGGUUUCUACUGUGAGGAGGCCAUAGUGGGAGAUCCACUACCCUGCCCACCACAUUCAUUCUGCCCUGCAGGAACAAUGGUACCUCAGCCCUGUCCUAAUGGGACAUACACCCUUUCAGAUCUGGGAGGUUUACAGGAAGAGAGAGAGUGUUCACCCUGCCCUCCAGGAAAGUUCUGCAGGGGUGGUAAGAUCCAAGGUGUUUGUGCUGCAGGGUAUAUCUGCGUUUCUGGAAGCACAGAUUUCACCCCUCAGGGACCAGUGUUUAACUUAACCCAGUGCCAGUGGGGUGUGCAGUGUGCUGGACCGUGUCCACCAGGUUUCUAUUGCCCCGAAGGCACAAAACAGGCUCGGUUGUGUCCUGCAAAUACCAUCAGAAGCUCCCCAGGAGGUGCCAGCCUACAGGAUUGCUUACCUUGCCCACCCCAGUAUUGGUGCAAAUCUGGAGACCCAGUUGCUCAUCUGUGUCCUGCUGGUCAUUACUGUGAUGGUCUGCCUGGUGGCGACUUUGUUGGAGGGACUGGUGCCAGGCCAUGCCCUCUCUACACUUAUCGAGCUACUCCUGGAGCACACAGCAAGGGUGACUGCCUGCCAUGCCCACCUGGUUCACACUGUAACAGCACAGGGCUGACAGACUACUCCAAACAUCCCUGCCCACCUGGCUUCUGGUGUAGUGGGACUGGGCUUCCCAUCCUCUGCCCCGCAGGCACCAUGAGGCAGCUUCCGGGAGCUGCUGCACCCAGCCAGUGUGAACUCUGUGCAGGGGGAACCUUCUGCCCACACCCCCAGGAUACAGGAAAACCCAACGUUGAAGGGAUACCCUGUCGGGCUUCCUAUCAGUGUCCUGUUGGUGCGGUUUCAGAGAGGCCAUGCAGAGCUGGAUCGUACUGUGGACCCCAAACUGCUGAGCCUGAAGCCUGUCCAGAAGGUUAUUUUUGCCCUGAAGGAUCUCAUUCCUACAACAGCCCCAAACAACUCUGUCCAUUUCCAUACUAUUGCCCAGCCAACAGCUCUUCCAUGAAGUCCUGCGAAGGCGGCUCUAUGCCUGCCAACACUAGUGGGCUCAGAGGGUCCAAAAACAGCUGCUGUAUUGUGUGUGAGGGGGGCACCUAUCGUCCAUCUCUAGCCUCCAUUCUGCAAUGCCUUCCUUGUCCACCAGGAUACUUCUGCCCCCCAGGUGCAGACAACUACAAGAAAAACCCUUGCCCUCUUGGCUAUGUUUGCCCUUUGGGAUCCACUCAGCCGAUAUCCUGCCCACCUGGCUCAUUCGGCAACCGCACUCGUGCUGAGAAAAUGGAUGACUGUCGCCUGUGUCUGGAAAACACCUUCAACCACCUGCCUGCCCAGAAGGCCUGCUUCCCCUGUGGUAGCUCCUCCACCUCACAAGCUGGUUCUUUUUCCUGUACCUGCAUUGGCAAGAACCGCGCUUUCCAGUAUUCAGAUGGUUCAUGUUUGUGCAGAACUGGCUUUAUCUUCUAUAACGAGCUGGAUUUUAAAAUAUCUACUGCCGAUAGUGAAUUGGACUGUCAGCCUGAGGUGAACAGACGAUGUGCCACAGGAGAGGUGCGCUUGGCAGCAUCCAGAGAGUGUGUGUCACCGUCCCUCCACUCCUGCAGUAUCACCUGUGGACCACAUGGAGGAACUCUGGAUGCGGAGAUGGGCAUCUGCCAGUGUGAGCGAUACGUGUCUGCUGAGGAGCUUUGCAAUACAUCCUGCCUUUCCAGACUGCCUCAGCUCUCUGCUCAGCUUUCACCAGAUGGACACCUGCUGCUCAGCAUCAAAGAAAGCCAUAGCAUGGUCUGGGCAAAGAGAAUAACAAAUAUUUUAGGACCAGAUAUCCAUUUAAAGAAUAUUGGGAAAACACACUUGGUCCAGUUUGACUCUGAAGGAGUGUUUGGUUGGAUUCCCACACAAAAAGAUGUCAUCAAUCAGUUUCUGUCAGAAGUCCUAAAAACAAGACCCAGAAAUAGAAGAGACACAGCAGAUCUGGCUGUCUUACCUCGAAUCCCCAACCCCAUUGCCUGUCUUUCCUCUGGUGACAUGCUCAUUUUUCAUCUCACCAUCAACCACACAGACCGCCAUCUCAGCCACUUUCCAGUUUAUCAAAAAGACCACCUGUUUAACAGCAACCCCAGCUGGGACUUUGGUGCCUUUAGGCAUCUACAGAUACUCAUGAAGCAAACAAACUUUAACUCCUCAAGGUUUGCCCAUGUUUUUUCUGAAACGGGGAAGUACGUGUUUGUUGACAGUGUUGUCCCACAGUGGAGUCUGGUAGUGGUAGUCAGUGAGGAGGGGACAGAGUGUGGCCCCAGGGCUGCUGUGUUUCAACCCAUGACCCCAGCACAAUUGGUCAAGCACGGGAUUGUCAAGAAACACAAACUAAACCUUCUGCCCGACUGGGGAGUGAUUGCUGGGAUCCUUAGUCUGCUCUUGGUUGUGGUCGUAAUUCUGACCACUACAGUACUAGUUUUGCGACCUAGCAAAGCAAAGCUUGUCUCCCAGUGGAGGAUAAAGCCAAAGUGGCGCAGCCUCGGGGAGCCUUUCUGUCCGGUGGAGUGUGCAUGCAGCAGAGAAAGCUUAGUGGUCCCAAACCAAGGUGAUUUCCUUGGUAGUAGAGGUGUUGGAGAAGGAGCAGAAGCUGAGGAGCCUGCUAUUUCAAAAGGAGGAGGAGUGCCAGGGUGCUGUGAUUUGGAGGAGUUUAAUGUGAAGACUCUUUACGACAAGCUGGAGGAUCAGAACCUCCAUAUAGCCUCACAGCUGGCCCGGCACCGCAAAGACAUACAGGAGUUUUAUAGAAACAUCUGUCAACACACUGAAUCAUUCAAGAAUGCCUUGGAGAAUAUGGAUCAUAAAAAAAUGAGCCUCCUUAAAGAGAUAUUAGUUCAUAAAACAAUGAAGGAUGAACCAUCAGGCAGCAGUGUGGGGGAGAGACAUACACAAGUUGAGGCCUGCAUGUCAUUGCUGGGAGCUCUGGUCAGGUCAGUGGAAACUCUCUUAUGCAGGCUGACAGGAGACGCUUGGCAGAACCAGGAUUUGUCUGGUCCCCUGUACUGUCACACAGGUCAUCACGAUACCAGAGAGUGUGAGGCGCAAGCUGGAUACAUGCAACCCAAUGACACUAACAUGUGUUUGAUGCAGUUUUCAUCAGUGAAUGUGACCAAAGCAGGAGCUCUUCCACACGAGCCCGACCAUAUACAGAGCACAGCUCCUUCUUUAAGUGAUCAUGACCUGUCCAAGCUUAUCAUGAUAUCACCUCUAUUCAAGACCCUGCAGGAGAUCCAACAAUCUUUACAAAAUCUCACAAUGGAUGAGUCAAAACAAUAUUUUAGCAAUGGAGUUGCAGAUAAUUCUGCAAAGGGGAAUUAUGACGGGCAGCUCAUCCCGACUGCACUGGACAACCUCUCCCCACAGGACUCUGCCAUUUUUUUGUUUGGUUGUCAGGUGAUGCAAUUGCUUGAAAACUGCCCCAUGUUCCCCAGUGCUCUUCUCCUGCUGGCCAAGUCGAUUCCAUUCGCUCCAUCUUCCUCUAAUGGGGGUCUACUGUCACACUGCUCCAGGGACUUUUAUUUUGAUGCGACCAAUCAAAUCCUGUAUCUGUCAGAGGCAAAGCUUCAGCACGUGGGACAUUUCAUCUCUGUCAUCCUGCAGUCAAUGGCCCACAUAGCAUCUGGAUCCAAAGCCCAGAGCUUUAUGCAAGCACUCCAUGAGGCCAUUUCAGCUCUAAGCCUUCAGUUGUUCAAUGUUUCUUUCAAAUGGAGCACAGCAGAGUCCAAUUUCGAUGCUUUGAAGGGGCGGAAUAACACAUUAGUUGAGGAAUUUCUCAACAUUAGAGUUCCCUCUGAAGCCCGCUUCACUGAGCACCUAUUAGCUAGCAGACUCAAGAAAUACAAAUAUUUCCAGCUGGAGCAGCUCAUUUCUGAACUCAAACAUACUCCAGCUCAGACCACAGACAAAGGUUUACCACCAAAGGGGACACCAGUGCAGAUGUCAUGUAUAGAGGAAGAAAUUGAUCGCAUGAAUGAGUCGUUCUUGCUGCUGAGCACGCAACUACAGAAGAGAGCUGAUGUGAGCACAUGGCUAAAGGAAAGAGAGAACAGCGCUGGAAACCAUUCUGCAAGGGCAACUCCAACAGACAUGCCAAGCCUGAGUCGUAAUGGAACAAUCCUGCUGGAACUGAAGAGACGCUAUGUAUUACAGCGCCUCAAUGAGCUCCAAAUCACAUUAGGCCAGAUCACACGAUGCCAGCAGCAUGACAGCAAGUCGAAAGAUGGGACAAGAGGCUGCACACAAACAGACAGCAGCACUACACAGCAGGGAGAAAGUGAGAAUUAUGGUAGUACAGAUGGUUUGAGCCCCAACGAUGGCCAGCGGCGGGACAGUAUUUCAGCUAGCCACAGUCACAGCCAACAAGCCGAAGAGAGCAGAGGUCUUGAUAGCUAUAAACUGGAGAGUCAUAUUUCUGACCAGAAGAGUAACACUGUCCAAAGCAACAACCCUGACACAUUAUUGGGCUGCCAGACGCCAGGCACUCAAGAUCUUAAUGUUCCAGGAGAGCAAGAGCUAAAAAGGCAGCCUGCAAUAGAAAAUACAACAAGCUAAACAGAUACUGAUGACAUUUGAGUGCACAACAAUCUGAAUGUGGACAAAUGAUCAAGGUUUUUUCCUUUUUUGUGCUCCUUCAUGUUAGACCUUGAGUGGCUAUUUCUGUACAAUAUUGUUGUUUUAUUCGAGUAACGAUACAAGUGACCUCUGUCUUCAUUUUGGUGCACUUCGUAAAAACAAUUCAUCGUAGUUCCUUUCAAUUAUGUGUGGAUCCAGACAAAAGUAAUUUGCAGCUGCAAGGAGUGGCAUGACACAGUCUGUCAGCUUGUCCAAAGAAUUUCUUAGUCAGGAGUUAAUACUGGUCUCUAAGACAGAUUGUGCUCAUUAUCAUUUUCUAGUUAAGACAAUAAAGCUCAGCUGA